AUGAGGGAUCUCAGUAAUCUACAUCAAUUUCUUGGCAUAACUGCUGAAUCACAUCCAAACGGGCUACUUCUUCAACAAUCCCAAUAUGCCGAAGAUAUACUACGCCGGGCCGGGAUGCAGAACAGCAAAGAAGUUGCUACGCCAAUAUCCAUCAAGACGCCUCAGUCCUCUGCUUCACCGGAUUUCUCCAAUCCUACAUUGUAUCGUCAAUUAGUUGGCGCAUUACAAUACCUAACACUUACACGUCCUGACAUUACGUAUGCAGUCAACAAAGCCUGUCAACACAUGCAUAGUCCGACGGAUCAGCAUUUUGAUGCUUUAAAACGGAUACUUCGAUAUCUGCGGGGUACCGUUCAUUAUGGAUUACCGAUUACAGGCUCAUCUAUGAAUCUCCGAUCAUAUGUUGACUCGGAUUGGGCAGGAGAUCAGCAAGACCGCAAGUCCACAACCGGGUAUUGUAAUUUUCUUGGCAAUACACUCAUAUCAUGGAGCGUCAAGAAGCAAACAACCAUAGCACGUUCUUCCACUGAAGCGGAAUAUCGUGCUAUUGCUGCAGUUACCACAGAGAUCAUUUGGCUUCGCCGGCUUCUUGAAGAAUUCGGUUUUGCUCAAACCUCACCAACCAUUUUAUAUUGUGACAAUACCUCGGCAAUUGUCUUGGCAAACAACCCAGUUUAUCAUGCACGUACGAAGCAUAUUGAAGUAGAUUGUCAUUUUAUUCGGGAGUGUAUCAAGAAUCAAAGCAUUCAGGUUCAUCAUAUCUCUUCCAAAGACCAAUUAGCAGAUUUUUUCACCAAGUCUUUAUCUAUCUCACGGUUCAAACUGCUUGUUAGCAAGAUGCUCACCUCCGGUGCAUCAGCUUGCAGGAGGGUAUUAAAUGAUAAAGACAUUGAUUAUUCUAAAAACAAUAAAACACAUAUUUAA